AUGGCGUUGAUUAAUCACCCGCGUCGAGCAGAUGCAGUGGGCAUCAUCUUUUCCCUCGCAGUCGCCAUCUUGAUUGGCGUAGCUCAUCUCACGCAUGGAUCAAUUGAAUCAAUGGGAUACGAAAUCAGGCUGCUUUUGGCGCCGUUCCAGCGGAAACAAUUUAUUUAUCUUUGUGUCGCAAGGAGGAACAUGGGCACGACAGGUCCGUCGAUGGGAAGAAUAUCAUCGACCCUAAAGGGUUCAAAUGAUAUACGACUCCCGACUCGUCGCCUGUCAACUCCGAAACUAGACCACAUAACGAAAGUCUCGGAUCAAUGCUGGCCCCCCAGCUUUCCCCUCAGAAUUUUUGAAAUCAACUUGGCGUGCUUUCUAAGGGUUGCCUCCAGAUCUUCCAAGGCAAUUCCGCCAUUUUCAUCAACAGCCGCCUUCACAGCCGCCACAUUGGCCGCCACUUUGGCGGCUGUGAAGGCGGCUGCUGUGGUCAUUUUCAUUGCUACUCCGAGAACUUUUGUUAGAACCAUCGCAUGUAAAAUGAUCACAUGCGUCUGCACAACUGCCUACUGCGUCACACAGCGAUUGCCAACUUGCAAGGCCAAAAGCAUGUGCUUUGCGCAAAUUAUUCACCACACCGGAGAAACUCCCGACAACUCGCCGAUUACCAGAGGCUGCAUCAGCGGCAAGCCUCCGCUGUUGUGCCAAGCAAAGCAACCGAGAGUGAAGUACGAAAAAUGGCCAUAUUUGCUAUGUUGUGAUCAGAACUUAUGCAAUCAGGGACUCACUCCGACGAUUCCUUCUGCGACUUUUAAUGAGUCUGGAUUGUUGACUAGUACAGCGUCAACGAAAAUCUCCACGACAUCGACAAUGGGAAGGAUAACGUUGAGCUACGAAGAUUUGCAGUUGUUCGCGGAUAAUUUGCGACCGAGGGAAAAUUCAGGACGCGGUUUCGAAUCUGGAAUUUUUUCCAAAUUGAACCCGUUGUCACUCGGGGUUUUGCUGCUUGGAGUCAUCCUCAUGAUUUCUGUUGCUGCUCUCGGAAUCUACAUCCUUCGAAAGCAGAGGUUUGCUGAUAUUCAUAAAUUUUCCCGUGGCCCGGUAAAAAACUUUGGCGGCCCGCGGGCCAUGGCUUGGGGAACACUACUAAUUAUAGUAGACCUCCAAGCACCAGAAUAA